GCUCCCAAUUAUACACUUCCAGCUGUGUCAAAGAAAUCAUUCAUGCGAGUAAAUAAUGCAAUAUUUUUUAAGUAGAAAUAUUAAUAUUAAAACCCGGUAAUCUAUUAAUAAUUGAUGGUUUAGUUCAUAUGCUUUACUUUUGGUAAUUUUUUAAAUUACACGUUUAAUUGUUUAGGUCACUUGUCAACACUAAAGACUUGUUCUAUUUGUCAAACAAUCAAGACUCACAGUGUUUUUUAAAUUUAAAGGCAAGAGCUGGACCGGACAUUAUUUUCAUUAUUUAUUAUUCGAUCGGUUUUAAGUCGUGAGUAACACAACAGCCUACCGUCUCGUUGUCAGUAAUAACAUUUUUUUUCAGAACAAGUUUCAUGUGUAGUAGUGUGCCCGGUCGGUUGUGUGUUUUGAAUUGAAUUUAAUCGUAUUAAGUUAAUAAUUUUAUAAUUAAAUAAUGUUCGAACCAUGCCAUAGUGUACCAUGACCAUAGCCGGUCAAUUAUCUUGUUUAUAAUUUUUAAGUCUUAAUUUAAGUCGUAUGAGUAUAAAUUUAUGACGGUCGACUUUAAAGUAUACAAUAAGUUAUUCUCAAUAAGUAUUAAAAACACUACAUUUUAAUUAAAAAAUAUUGACUGAUUGAAUAUAAAUAUUAUAAUUAUAUUUUCAGUUUUAUUUUAAAUUUUAAUUACAUUAUAUUUUGGUAUUUUAACCACUUAUGACAUGAUUCAUUGCUUAUAACUUAUACUUGUAAUGUAUCUGAUCAUGGGCGCCCGCAGAAAACUUUCUAGUGGGGGGCAAAAAAAUCGAUUAACUUUCUAGGGGGGGGCAAACAAUUUUUUAGUAAUGUUUUACUGCGGGCGCCCAUGUAUCUGAUACUGAUUAGUGAUAGUAGUGAUAUGAUACCGGUAUAUAACAAGUUAAAUGCAUGAUACCCGUAGUAUAUAACCAGUCGAAUGCGCGUGGGACUAUUAUUUGAAACAUUCAUUAUACCAGUUUUAAUUAUCCAUUAAUGUUUGUGUUGUAAUUAACUCAGGUGAGUCUAAUACAUCUAAAUGCAUCUUACAGUUACAGUAGCAUGGCGGCUGAUACGCUACCCGAGUACACGAUUCGACCGAUGAGAAGAGAGGAAAUAGAAGAGUCGUAUGAGUUGAUAGACAAGGAAGGAUGGAACCUAACAUUAGAGAAGUUAUCACACCUUUUUAAAUCAUGUCCUCAAGCCUUUAAAGUGGCGGUUACACCACAAGGAGAGAUUGUUGGUCAGUACCACUUUGGACAGUACUUUAAGUAAUGAUUCCACUGGGAUAGUGGCUCAAGAGACAGUAGUAAUAGCAACGAGUUGUUAAUAUUUUGUCACUAAAUUGACUAAAUCUGUUAUUUCCCAUAAAAUAGACACAUGUACAUUAAACUUGGAGUUCUGGGUUUAGAAUAGUUUAGGUAAAGACAGGAUUGACAAACAUUUGGGUAGAUGCAUUCUGUAUGUUGUGCCACCUUUAGUCCUUAUAUAAUCUGCUACAGAUUUCAUAAAAAAUAAUGAGCCUAAGAAAGUUAUUUCUUCUUACCCGUUAUGAACAUAUUUAAUAAGUCUAAUCUUUCCAUUUGUUUGCUCUUAAGGAACAAUAAGUUUUUUCCCAACAUUUGACGGGGAGUGUGUUUUAGGGAACAUAGUGGUCAAGGGAACAUACCGCCACAAAGGUAUGGGAAACCAACUAGUUGACGCGAUGAAAGCACAAUAUCCAGACUGGGUUGUGUCCCUUACAGCUGUGCCAGGGGCGGACCAGUUUUAUUUGUAAGUGUAUGAAACAGUCUUGGCUGUGUGUCGGACUUUGACUGUAUGUGUGUCUUGGUUAUGGGUUAGAGUGUGUGUGUUGAUGGGGGUUAACAACCCAAGCUCUUGUUAGAUUUACUGGACUGAGUGUCAGGGACGCCAAUUACCUAAGGCAUGGUGGGGGAUUUGCACCCCCCCCUCCCCUCCCCCCCCCCUCUGAAAAAAAACUGAAAUGAGGGGUUAACAACCCAAGCUCUUGUUAGAUUUACUGGACCGAGUGUCAGGGACGCCAAUUACCUAAAGCAGGGUGGGGGAUUUGCCCCCCCCCCUCCCCUCCCCCCCCCCCUCUGAAAAAAAACUGAAAUGGUGAGCUCAGUUUUUACAAGUGCUACUCUCUAUCAUUACUAUGAAAGAAUGACAAAAAACAACACCAAACAGGCAAACAACAAACCAACUCACAAAAAAAACCAUUAUGUAAUAUUACGGAUUAACAUUAUUAAAAUGCAAAAAAACAUCAUACUUUAAAUCAUUUUUUGUUCUUUAUUUCUACACCAUGUUUCCUUGUGUUUAUAUUUUUUUAAAGCGAUUUCAACCAAAGUAAAGUAGCAUGAAUUCAUAUUGAAGCAAAAAGAAAAAAAUUAGCUUAAUGUCAUAAUUUAAGUUAAAUAGUGACCUCAGUAUAUAUAGACUCUGAAUUGUAUAUUAUCAACCAAGUAAAAAAUAAAAUAAAAAUUAUUGGGAACUUUGCACUGAAUUUUGGAAUUUUUUCAAUCGUGCCUGGGAAAUGUUGGCAGCACAAGUUAAAACACACUUAAACAAAGUAACUUUUCUGAAACGAUCAACUUUUCAAUAAUAUUGAUAUUAUACAUUAUACAACUCAACAUUUCUCAUGCCACUCAAACUAUAUGAAUGAAAGAGAUUUUUCUUACUAAUUAAACUUCCAUCGUGUUUGAUCACAAAAUAACUCAUACCAAUAUUUCCCGUUGUUUUCCAAAAGGAAUGUAGGAUUCCAUUUUACAGAACCCCAACAGGGACAUGACAUUUUUCAUUUAAUCGUGGACAGAGACUUUCUAGACCAGAAAUGUUUAAAAAGUGGGGACAGCGCCACGGUUGACCUUUACAGUUCCGCAUCGUUGGAUGCCCUUGUUGCAUAUGACACAGAGGCUAAAGGUUAUACAAGUUUGCCUUACGUCACAAUGAUGGUGGAUUGUUUUCCCACACUUCUGGCCAAGGAUCGGGCCGGUCGACUCUUAGGUUACGUGGCGGCUUUUAUAAAACGUUCUGAAAUUGUGCUGGAUACCCUGUGUGCUGAUAGUGAUGAGGUUGCCUGUCUGCUACUCAGGUAAUUUUCUUGUACAUUUUGUUAUUUGGGUUUAAACUUGUUUUGUGUUGAAAAUCUCUAAAUGCACAGCCUUUGCCGACUAGUAUAAAUAAAUGGUUAAAACAUCAAUCAUGGGCUCGGUGUGGUAGACCCCUGACCAAGGACUGGUUACCGUGUGCUGGAGUCACCCCCAUCAUAGGACUGGGCAGUGCUGAGAAGGUCCACUCUGACUGUGGCUCAGAUGUACAAACCUCAUAAUUAUACCUGGAGUUUUGCUGAACAACCGUUUCUGGACAGUUAGAUCACACAUAGGUGGUGCCAGACUCUGGGUAAUGCUGAUGAACUGGGAUGACUGUGGAUUUCUGUUGGCCAGUGCUGGUCUCAAGACGUAAUACUGCUGUAAAGAUUUAAAAUAGUCUGAAGGGAUGCACCUGACAUCUGACAUCUAAAUGAGUUUGCAGUGAGAUUUUUAACAAAUGGUUUAAGUAGAAAGUACAAAGACACUAGGAAAAAGAAGACUUAUAAAUACAUGCUGCCAAAUAAGUCAGAAGUCAGAUUGCCAUUGUGUUUAAGUUUAAUAGUAAUCUCACCUGCCAAAUAAGUCAGAAGUCAGAUUGCCGUUGUGUUUAAGUUUAAUAGUAAUCUCACCUGCCAAAUAAGUCAGAAGUCAGAUUGCCAUUGUGUUUAAGUUUAAUAGUAAUCUCACCUACCAAAUAAGUCAGAUGUCAUAUUGCCAUUGAGUUUAAGUUUAAUAGUAAUCACUCGUGCUUGUUUUUGUUUCUUGCAGAGAUAUUUUAAAGUUGUUCCCUGACAACAACAAAUUGAAAGUACAAGUUCCAUCAUCUCGUCUGUUUCUCUCCGAGCUUGGUCAGGUCUCGUCGUCCAGCAAGUACAACCGAUAUUCUAUAGGCCAGCCUACGUUAUCUCCUUUGGUUAAAGUGUACAACGUCUCUGACUGUGAUUAUUCUUAUUGAAUUGUGUCAUAUUUGUGCGGUGCCCCUGCCAACCUUGUCGUGCGGCCAACCUUGUCGUGUGGAUAGGGGCUGACGGCCCAGUGCGACACUUUUUUGGGGUUUAUAUAUAAAACUAUUUAUAUUAUAUGACGUGUUACAGGAGCGGGGGCAACUUUUGGGACUUUGUCAACUGCAGCAUUUAGUCAACCUAUGCCACUGGUACCAUGUACACAUGUCAGGGUUACACAUUGUACAUAGAUGAGUUUGAUUCUGCACACAUUAAAUAGUGGGAUUACUAAAUGUUUUUAGCACUUUAUUAUAUUUUUUUCAGUUAAAAAAAUUCUUGUUCAGUCCAGAGUUUUGUGAUAUUUUUAGAGCUUGUCCAGUUUGAAAUUAAGAAACAUAACAAAAGUCAUCUCAUGGAGUCAUUGAUGUCAUGCAGAAUUGAAUAUAUUUUUGUGACGAUUGCUUUUGACAAGUUUUAAGUGCAUUUUUAAAUUUAGUUUGAAAGAAAAAUAGUACAAUAUA